AUGUCUGAGGGAGCACUGAAGCCGGAGAAGGACUUCUCCAAGGAGGUUGACGAGCAGCUUCCCCAGGCGGAGAAGCUCGCUUCUAGCAACCUCCAAGGCGCUAUCGAGAAGCUCGCCGCCCUUGAGAAGCAAACGCGCCAGGCGUCCGAUUUGGCCUCAACGUCGCGAGUUCUCAUCGCCAUCAUAACAUUAUGCAAGAACGCGGGCGACUGGAGCUUGCUGAACGAGCAGACGCUCGUUCUCUCCAAGAAGCACAGCCAGCUCAAGCAGGCCAUCACCAGGAUGGUGCAGACAGUUGUCGGAUUUCUCGAUGAUACCCCCGACCUGGCCACGAAGCUUUCCGUCAUUGAGACCCUAAGAACCGUCACCGAGGGCAAGAUUUUCGUCGAAGUCGAGCGCGCCCGUGUCACCAAGAUCCUUUCCGACAUCAAGAAGGAGCAGGGCGACCUCAAGGCCGCGACCGAAAUCCUUUGCGAACUGCAGGUCGAAACAUUUGGAUCCAUGGACCGCAGAGAGAAGACCGAAUUCAUUCUUGCUCAGGUCGCACUCUGCAUCGAGAGCGGCGACUGGACACAAGCUGGCAUCCUUGGCCGCAAGAUUAGCACAAAGUACCUCGCGCGCAAGCCCACGAAGACGGCCGAGCAGCUCGAGAAGGAGGCAAAGGAGCGCGAGAAGAAGAAGGCUCGUGGUGAGGAAGUCCCCGAGGAGAAGGCGGAUGACACAACCGACCUCAAGCUCCGUUACUAUGAGCAGCAGAUUAUGCUGGCCAAGCACGACGACAAGUACUUGGAGGUCUGCAAGAACUACAGACACGUACUUGACACGGAAGCUGUCGAAAAUGACCCUGCCAAGCUUCACCCCGUCUUGCAACGAAUCAUCUACUUCGUUAUUCUGGCACCAUAUGAUAAUGAGCAACAUGACCUCCUUCACCGUAUCCACAAAGACUCACGAAAUGCCCAAGUGUCCCUGGAGGCAGAGCUUCUUCGGCUUUUCACCGUCCAUGAACUAAUGCGCUGGCCGGAGGUUGCGAAGAAAUUUGGCCCUCACCUGUGCGGCACCGACGUCUUUGAUUCUCAGGGCAGCUCUUCAGACGAAAAGGCGCACCAGCGCUGGAAAGAUCUCCGCAAGCGUGUCAUUGAGCACAAUGUUCGCGUAGUGGCCAAGUACUAUACCCGUAUCCAGAUGGGCCGUCUCACGGAGCUUCUGGAUCUCACAGAAGACGAGACGGAAAAGUACAUUAGCGAGCUGGUCACUUCGAAGACAGUAUACGCAAGAAUUGACCGCCCGGCGCGCAUCGUCAGCUUCUCCAAGCCUCGGGAUGCUGAUGACGUGCUGAACGAAUGGAGCCACAACAUGAAGAGCCUGCUCGGUCUGUUGGAGAGAAUCGAUCAUCUCAUUACCAAGGAGGAGAUGAUGGCGCGCAUUCAACCUACAAGCGCUAAAUAG